UCAUCUCCUAGCUCUGUAUCUUCCCUCGUGCUCUUUCUUCGGCCCAGCACCGUGGCCGUGUUGGCUCCGCGCCCGUCACUCACCAUCUUCUCCCAUUGUAUAUUCAAUGAGAGACUCCGAGUCUCAGCACCCCGCUCACUAUGCGUAGAAUCAAGGUGUCCCGCGGCGUGCCCUACCAGCAGCCCAUGUCGCGGCAACACAAGCGCUUCCUGCUCUACGCACUGCUUUCGGCUCUCUUGUUUGGCGCGUGCUACAGGUUCUUCGGCGAGCCCACCGACCCGCUCGCCGUGCCUUUUAAGGACCACGAGGAGUAUAUGCGCCAAGGGCUCAGCCUGGCCGGCCUCAAAUCCAAGCAGUCGUACGAUUGGACAAAGGCCCCCUUUGCCAACCCAAUCACUUCGUACAUUCCGCUGCCCACGAGCAAACCCCGCCAGCUUCCCCGUGUGCAGGCUACGCACUUUCCCGAGUCGGCUUCACAGCGGAGCCAGAGAGAGGCGCGGAGGGUUGCUGUGCGCAACACGUUCAAGCGCAGCUGGGACAGUUACCGGACGUAUGCGUGGGCAAAAGAUGAGCUCAAGCCUGUGUCGGCGGCGGGCGAGGAGUCGUUUGGCGGCUGGGGCGCUACCUUGGUCGAUUCGCUCGACACGCUGUGGAUCAUGGGCUUUCGCGACGAGUUCGACGAAGCGGUCGAGGCGGUCGCAUCAAUCGAUUUCGGCAGGACAAAUCUCAGCAGUGUCAGCGUCUUUGAAACAACAAUUAGAUACCUGGGGGGACUGUUGAGCGCAUACGAUAUGAGCGCCAAGCCAAUCUUGCUGGAAAAGGCAGUGCAGCUGGGUGAAAUGCUCUAUCGUGCGUUCGACACGACAAACAACACGCCGCUGGGCUGGAUGGAUGUGGAAAAGGCAAAGACGCCGGGCAGAGAUGCCUUUUAUGCCGAGACCAAUAUAUGCUUUGCCUGCCUCGGCUCGCUGACCAUGGAGUUUACGCGCCUUGCGCAGAUCACGUCGGAGCCAAAGUACUACGAUGCCGUAGCCAGAGUCAGUCUGCUCAUGGACCGUGGUCAAGAGACGACAAGGCUGCCUGGUCUUUGGCCGACCAUGGUCAAUGCCGCGAAAGAGGAGUUUGAUCAGUCCAGCUCCUUUUCCAUCGGUGCGCUGGCCGAUAGCACGUACGAGUAUCUUCCCAAGAUGCAUGCGCUGCUCGGCGGCGUGGAGCCAAUCUACGAGAAAAUGUACCGCCUCUCGGCAAAGAAGAUUGACGAGCACAUGCUUUUCCGGCCCAUGGUGCCUGACGCGGCACACGGCGAGAACCUGUUGCUGUGCGGCGAGGUCUCUGCUUACGCCGGAGACAUCAAUCUCACCCCGACUAUGCAGCAUCUCACAUGCUUCAUCGGCGGUAUGUUUGGUCUGGCCGGCCGCCUCUUCUCCAACCCAAGCGACGUGGACCUGGGCGCAAAACUCACCAAAGGAUGUGUAUACGCGUAUGCAGCUACCCCGACUGGCAUCAUGCCCGAAACCUUCGACAUGGUGCCCUGCGAGUCGCGCACAUCAUGUCCCUGGAACCAGACUACAUGGGAAGAAGGCGUCAUGAACCACUACGCAAGCAAGUACGUCGGCGAUGUGGAUAUCGCCAUCAAAAAAUACCACAUCCCGCUCGGCAUCACAAACGUCCGCGACAAGCGCUACCUGCUCCGCCCCGAAGCCAUUGAAUCCGUCUUCAUCAUGUACCGCAUCACCGGCGACCGCCAGUAUCUGACCGACGCCUGGAACAUGUUCAACAGCAUCGUCGCCGCAACGCAAACGCGCUUUGCAAACGGCCAGGUCCGCGACGUCACUUUUUCAGCACAAGACUCUACCUCGUCCUCUUCCUCUUCCUCCCGCCGCGCCAAACAACAAGAAGAAGACGACUACUAUGGCGUUGCCAGCACCCCGUAUACCCGCAACAACAAUAUAGAGGAUAAAAUGGAAUCUUUCUGGACCGCGGAGACACUCAAGUAUUUUUACCUCGUCUUUAGUACCCCCGAUAUGAUUAGUCUGGAUGACUGGGUGUUUAAUACUGAGGCUCAUCCUUUUAGGAGGCCGGGAGCGGGGUAGCGGCUGCGUAUUGCGUGUUGCAAUUAGGAGUGGUGUGGUGUGGUGUGCGAGAUGGGGUACUUAGCGUGGUACUGGACGUGAUACUGGACAUGAUACUGGACGUGAGGAACCCCUAGGUUUUUU